AAUGGCGCACCAGAAAGUCCGGUGGACGUCGGAGAUGGAGGACCAACUUGUCGACCUGUGGCAACACAGGGAAUGUUUGUACAACGUUUCGUGUAAAGAUUAUCACAACCGAAAUGACAAGGAGAGGAACUGGGCAGAAAUUGCUGCUGCACUUGAAAUACCAGUUGAAGAAGUGAAGACGCGGGCCACAACUCUAAGAACUCAGUUCAGCAAGCUUCUCAAAACUAAACCCAGUGGGACUUUUGAAAAGCCACUAACAAGCAAACAACGAUGGCUUAUGAAGAGACUGAUGUUUCUGAGGAGGCAUGUCACCCAACGUGCCACUGAAAGCAGCCUGCCUCAAUCAAUUAAAGAUGGCCUGGCUGCAGAGAUGGACCCCUUGAAUGAUCCAGAUGAUGACGAUGUCUCUCUAAUGUCUGACGAAACAUCUGCUGAGGAACCAUCUGUUCUCCAGAAUGAUGACAACCUUUCCCCUCCUGUACCUUGUACACCUACUGCGAAGAGACUAAAGAAAAGCAAAUCGGCUGAUGCCAUUGAAAUGGAAAAAUUGAAAAUUUUACAGCAGAUGUCAACUGCUUUUAAGGCUGGUAGAAGCAAACCUACUGCUGAUAGUGACGGCAACUUUGGGGCACAAGUAGCUGAGGAGUUGAGGUCAAUUAAAAACACUUUGGUAAAGACAAGAGUAAAGAGAAAAAUAAUGAAUGAUUUAUAUGAGGCUCAGGAGAAUGAUGCACAGGCAUCUAAGCUUGCACCUAGUUUUUACCCUGUACCACCCUCUGUACAUAUGCCCAACACACAACCAACCCUUCUACACACAUAUACAACUCCACAAGAACCACCGCACCACAUGGCUCUACCCAUAGGUACACAACUGCUGCCAAAUCAGUACCAGCUUCAAAAUAAUGAGACGCAUAGCUACAGGAGAAUGCUAGAAGACGAGUGA